CAGAUAAUAGAUUUAACAAGCGAAAGUGUAGUUUGAAAUGGGGUUGCCACAUUAGGUCCAGUAGAGGAGCGUCCCAUCCCAUCGCUUCUACACGAAGCGUGUGGCACGGCACAGUCAUUUGAAAACUCUCACGGACGCUGCCGAGAGAUUUGAACAGAGAAGAGGACGAGCUCGAGAGUGUUGUAGCCCAAGGCGAAGAAGGUGUGCGCUGAGAGAGAGAGAGAGAGAGGGGCUCGCACGCAGAGGGACAGGAGGAGGAGGAGGAGGAGGAGAGACGACGCGGAUCGUGCUGAGGCAUUUUGCGUGCGGAGACGAUUGAUUGAUUGAUUGAUUAAUCGCGGCGGAGCUCUCUCUAUUGAAAACACCGGCGAGAAAUCGAGUCGAGUCUAUGCCGGGCUCUCGGCUUCGAAGGGGUUAUCCCAUGGAUGUGAACGGUGACGGGUGGUAGGAGCUGUAGGAGGGAGAGUAGCGAUGACAGCGAGGUAUAUCUGGACUGUUGAAUUAAGCAGAUGAUGCCAAAUUUCUGAGGAAAUUGGAUUUAAGCUCUGUGCUGCCUCUGGAGCUGAGUCUUUUCACUUCUCUGAUUCCUCGGGUCAGAGUUGCGUGUUAUCGCUCUGGUGACAACUGGAUGCCACCAUCUUGCGGAUGAUAUGGCUUCCACUUCCCGGAACCGGUCUCGGUCCCGGCAGCGCGCAAGCACUAGCAAAAAUGUGACUACAAUCAGUCCGGAAAAUGAACGUGGGCGCCUGGCCGAUUUGUGGAAGGAGGCCUUUCCUGUCGGCACAGAGUGGGAUCAGUAUGAUAAGGUUUACGAAAUCAACUGGGACUUCAAAAAUCUUGAGAAUGCCUUUGAGGAUGGAGGGCUGUUAUUUGGCAAGAGAGUUUACCUAUUUGGUUGCACUGAACCCCAGCUUGUGUGGUUCAAGAAUGAAGAUGGAUCGGACAUAUCAAGGGUCGUCCACAUUCCAGCCGUAGUCGCAGUGACAUCACCAUUCCCUCCUUCAGAUAAGGUAGGCAUCAAGUCUGUACAAAUGGAAGGAGAGAUGAUCGUACCGAUGAAGGAGAUGAAAAUGGGUUGGAUACCGUACAUUCCAGAAGACGUAACUGAGCAUACCUCAUUGGAGCGAUACAAGACACAAAUUUUCACCUUGAAAUGCACUCAGCGAAGGGCUGCCUUGAAACAGCUGAGACAAGAAAGGAUAAAGAAGUACGAAUACUGUUUGCCAUAUUUGUAUCAGCCACUUAAAGAAGAGGAUGUUCAAGAAGACACCAUUGUGAAUAUCAUGUAUCCUUUCGAUGACGAAUCGAAGCCACCGGUGGUUGCUGAAUAUGAUUGGCAAUUCGAUGAAUACGAGGAAUUUUCAGACAAUCUUAUUGAGGGAGAAGAACUGCCGGCAGAAGAGAAGGAAAAGUUUAUGGCCUAUGUGAAGUCACUUGUCAUGGCUGAAAAGAAGAAACUGCGAGAAGCUAGAGAAGCGAGGAAAAGGGCUAUCGAGGAGAUGAGUCAAGAGACAAAGGAUGCACUUAAAAACAUGCAGUUCUACAAAUUCUAUCCCGUUAAGACUGAUGACACUCCAGACAUCUCGGACAAGAAGGCAGCAUUCAUCAACCGGUAUUAUGGGAAAGCAAACCAAGUACUUUAGGUCACAAAUUUAAGAUAGGAAUCUAUUAUUCCGUUGAAUGUGUGUUGUCAACUGUCGCUGGCAACUGCAUGUAUCCUUAGGGACUGUACCAAAGAGUUGAAUGUAAGAGCCUAAUUGUCUCCGAUUAGAUUGAAUCUGCGGGCGAUUGAGUGAGCAUACCUUAAGCUACCACCGGUAGCAUUUUCGGAGUGUCAGGUGAUUCAGAUUUUAGCCUUUCCUCCCCCCACUGUGGAGUAGGGGUAGUCAGUAGAUGUAUGUAAUUGACUUGUGUUCAACACUGUCGAUAAGUGUUAGGUUUCGCCCUUGCUGACGCAGCUUCUCCACAUAGGCUGAUUUUUUUUAGGUAACAGAGUUUUGAUUCCGACAUUGUCCUGUUAGGGAUAUGGAACAAAGUUGACCGUCAAUUCGGCUAGCUUGUCGGCACACUGAUCCUGCAAUCUGUCUUUGUAGAGCCUUUUGCUUUAGUGAAUAUUUUUGCUAAAACGAAACGGGUUUGGGAAUCCUACUCUUUCUGAAUAUCAUGUUUCAG